AUGACCGAAGCUCUCACGAGGGCUGGAGGUGACCCAUCAGGGUUGUACCUGGAUCGAGAGGUGGCCCAUCUCAUCGGGAUCAAGGCUACCAUUUUGUCGUGCAAUCAAUAUGGUGCGGCCAUUCGUGACAAUAAUAAGUCACGAUAUAGAUUUUUCGCCUCAGUGCCAUCGCUUCUUGACACCAAAUUAGCCCUGGAUGAGAAUUCAUACGCAUUUGAUGUUUUACAGGCAGACGGUGUGACUCUUUUCACACGUUACGGCGCCAGCCAUCAUUACCUUGGUCAUGCUUCAUUCCGAUCUGUUUGGGCCGAACUAAACGAACGACAAGCGGUUGUCUUUGUGCAUCCAGCUCAUCCCCCAAUGUAUGACUAUCCGCAGGAGACGGGACGGGCCGCCAUGGAUCUUAUUACUCAAGGUAUUCUUCGCGAUUUCCAACAGUGCAAGAUUAUUCUAUCUCAUGCUGGUGGCAGCUUGCCGUGUCCUAUCUAUCGCACCGCAAGCAUGCUACCACUUAUGCCUCGGUCCUUGAGUCUAAGCCGCGAUGAAAUUCCAGGUCAUGUGUUAUUUGGAACAGAUUUCCCAAAUGCACCAACAGAGGCCAUCAAAUAUUUCUCCACCUCGUUGGAAGCUUAUCCACUCUCUGACAAAGUGCGGAAAGAGAUGGAGUUCGAGGCGGCAUUGGGAUUAUUUCCUCGACCGAAGGACAACUAUUCUUCCUAA